ACAACAAAUUGCUCAGCAGAGUGCAAGAUUCCAAAUUUAAUUUCAGAGGUGAAAUUAAUACAGUGCUCCUCUAUCAGGAAGGAAAUGGCUGAACUGAGAUCAGUUCCCGGAGACCAGUGGAAUGCAUCAGAGUCAAACCAAAUCUUCUCUUUACCUGAUCUCCACAGGAGAGAGAGCUUUUCAUCAAGUGAGAGACCCUGGCACCUUUUCAGAAAGGGGAUAAUAGUAGGAGCUCAACAGCAGAGACCAGCUUUUAAAUGUUGCAUCGUGUUGGGACCAAAAUCUUUACUCAACGGAAGUGCCUUUUUCAGUUUCAAGAUCAAGUUUAUAAAUUCACCGGUUAGCAUGGCAUGUGCUCAUGAAAGUAAGUGGGAUGAAGAGGAUGCACGUCAUUUCGUUGAAUCAUGCUUUAAAUGUUGCAAUAGACCAAAGAACGGCAAGGUCUAUGUGAUGUACCAUGGCACCCAUGUCAACCAUGUAGAUACCAUUCUGAAGUAUGGUUUCAAACAAUCCCCUGAUGGCAUGCUGGGCCGUGGAGUCUAUGUCAGUCGGGAUAUUCGGAAAGCCUGCAGAUAUCCAUUGAAUACGCCUGAGAGUCAGAAGGUUGUGCUUAAAUUAAGAGUUAAUGUGGGUAAGGUCAAAACGAUAAAUUGUCAAGGGCACCCACUCCAGAAGACAUGGCAUGAUCAUGGUUAUGAUACUGCCUGGUGUCCUCCAAACUGUGGCAUGGUACCAAGUGACCUGGAGGUGGAUUGUAUCUGGGAUCCCAAGAGAAUAAAAGUUGUUGGUAGAAUUGAUCAAUCAGCUCAGCCAAAUCCGUGGUACUUCCCUAAUUCAAGAGAAAUGGACAAUUACAAAUCAACAACAAAUUGCUCAGCAGAGUGCAAGAUUCCAAAUUUAAUUUCAGAGGUGAAAUUAAUACAGUGCUCCUCUAUCAGGAAGGAAAUGGCUGAACUGAGAUCAGUUCCCGGAGACCAGUGGAAUGCAUCAGAGUCAAACCAAAUCUUCUCUUUACCUGAUCUCCACAGGAGAGAGAGCUUUUCAUCAAGUGAGAGACCCUGGCACCUUUUCAGAAAGGGGAUAAUAGUAGGAGCUCAACAGCAGAGACCAGCUUUUAAAUGUUGCAUCGUGUUGGGACCAAAAUCUUUACUCAACGGAAGUGCCUUUUUCAGUUUCAAGAUCAAGUUUAUAAAUUCACCGGUUAGCAUGGCAUGUGCUCAUGAAAGUAAGUGGGAUGAAGAGGAUGCACGUCAUUUCGUUGAAUCAUGCUUUAAAUGUUGCAAUAGACCAAAGAACGGCAAGGUCUAUGUGAUGUACCAUGGCACCCAUGUCAACCAUGUAGAUACCAUUCUGAAGUAUGGUUUCAAACAAUCCCCUGAUGGCAUGCUGGGCCGUGGAGUCUAUGUCAGUCGGGAUAUUCGGAAAGCCUGCAGAUAUCCAUUGAAUACGCCUGAGAGUCAGAAGGUUGUGCUUAAAUUAAGAGUUAAUGUGGGUAAGGUCAAAACGAUAAAUUGUCAAGGGCACCCACUCCAGAAGACAUGGCAUGAUCAUGGUUAUGAUACUGCCUGGUGUCCUCCAAACUGUGGCAUGGUACCAAGUGACCUGGAGGUGGAUUGUAUCUGGGAUCCCAAGAGAAUAAAAGUUGUUGGUAGAAUUGAUCAAUCAGCUCAGCCAAAUCCGUGGUACUUCCCUAAUUGUUACUGA